AUUUUUAUUAAGAUUAUAAAAAAAAUGAAAUAACUUAAUGUUGUAACUUAUUUAUUUUGGUGAAUUGAAGCGAUUUGGUAUUUAUUGUAAAUGUAAAGGAAAAUUGUAUAGGGCUAUAUCGAAAAAAGCGAAAUCCAGAAAAAUUGGAUUGGGUGCAUAAGAUAAGAUGACGAUGAUGUUGAAGGUAUGGAAUUGGUAUGAGAAUCGUCUGUCAAUUCAUCCAGUUAAGACGCAAGUGAUUACCUCUGGCGUCCUUUGGGCUGUUGGAGAUGUCACUGCUCAAUACAUUACUCACUCUGCUGCUGCAAAUAAACGUCUUCGAUUAUCUGUCUCUGAUGAAGUAGAUGCUAAAUUUGUUAUCGAUUGGAGACGUGUGGCCGUUACAAGUAUGUUUGGAUUUGGUUUUGUUGGACCAGUUGGUCACUUCUGGUAUGAAGGCUUGGACAAAUUUAUAACACUUAAGCUUCAACUAAUGUCAAAGUCUAUGCGAUCCAUAGCUACUAAAGUAGCAAUGGACGGCUUGAUUUUUGGUCCUGUACAUUUGUUAGUCUUCUUUACUUACAUGGGGUUGUCUGCUGGCAAGAAUAUUCCUCAAGUGAAGGAAGACUUGAAGAGGAAUUAUGUCCCAGCUUUGAUUUUAGAAGGUGGUGUGUGGCCAAUUUUGCAGGUUUUUAAUUUUUGUUAUGUUCCUGUGAAGUACCAGCUUCUGUAUGUAAACUUUUUCUGCUUGCUGGAUAGUGCUUUUCUGUCAUGGUUGGAACAAAAGAAGGAUGCACCGUGGAAACAAUGGUUUACACUUCAUUCUUCUAAUGGAAAAAGAGAUAAAUAAUGAUGAGGAGGCUGAUCGAACAUGAAACAUAGUGAUUAAAGCUUUCUUAGUAUUUUGCUUCUGUGAUGUUUUGGAAAUUGUAAUACAUAGAUUCAAUGAAAGACACAUUUUGUUUUGUUUAUUUUU